AACAUAAAGCUACAAGCGCUCUCACUCUCUCUCUCUCUCUCUCUCUAUCUCUAAAACCCUUGUAUUACUACAUACAUCGCCCCCAGACACUCUUGUAUCUCUCCCUGAGCAGGGCACACCGAAACUCUUCAGAAACUCCCAAAUCGGAAUAAUCAGAUCAAAUGGCUUUGCCAAACCAGCAGACGGUUGAUUACCCUAGCUUCAAGCUUGUGAUUGUUGGUGAUGGUGGAACUGGGAAAACAACUUUUGUGAAGAGGCAUCUCACUGGUGAAUUUGAAAAAAAAUAUGAACCAACCAUUGGUGUGGAAGUGCACCCAUUGGACUUUUUCACAAACUGUGGGAAAAUUCGAUUUUACUGCUGGGAUACUGCAGGGCAAGAGAAAUUUGGUGGCCUUCGAGAUGGUUACUACAUUCAUGGGCAAUGUGCAAUCAUCAUGUUUGAUGUUACUGCCCGAUUGACUUACAAAAAUGUUCCAACUUGGCACCGAGAUCUCUGCCGGGUUUGUGAAAAUAUACCCAUUGUACUUUGCGGAAAUAAGGUUGAUGUGAAGAACAGGCAGGUUAAGGCAAAGCAGGUUACGUUCCACAGGAAGAAAAAUCUGCAGUACUACGAGAUAUCUGCAAAAAGUAACUACAAUUUUGAGAAACCUUUCUUGUAUCUUGCCAGGAAGCUUGCUGGGGAUCCCAACCUCCAUUUUGUGGAGUCUCCUGCUCUCGCUCCUCCAGAAGUACACAUUGACAUGGCUGCACAGCAACAGCAUGAAGCUGAGCUUGCAGCAGCCGCUAGUCAGCCCCUCCCUGACGAUGACGAUGAUGCAUUUGAGUAGAGGGCUUGCUUAAAUGGUUGGGAGAGGCUUCUUGACUGCCUGAAUCAUUUAUGCUUCUUUUUACAUUGUUAUCCUAUUUCAACAAUAUAUUGAAGGGUUUUUCUUUUCAGAGUGUUAAGAUUUAGGUGCAUGUAUUGGUGGUCAUACACCCACCGUAGAAUUAAAACAAUUGUUGUUUGAGUUUCUGAUUGUGCUUUCAUGUGAGUAGAGAUUUUUAGGUUUAUAGAAUGUUUUUAUUCUAAAUCAUUUUGGUCGAAAUGGUAUUAUGGCGUUUUGUGGUU